AUGUCAUUGGUGCAAGGUCUCCGGUCAACUGCAGGAUCAACACCGGUUGCGGCCAUCUUGGAUCUCCCCUGCCAGCUGGCUGAGCUAGCCACAGCUGUGACCGAAAAGGUGCACUUCCCCAAAGAGUGCCAGGAGCAGGAUCUGUACCAGCCGCCAGGCGCCUUCAUUGCCAAUGUCCCUUGCCGAUGA